GCUGCAGGGGGGGACCCACAAUGCAAUACGCAGGCAGACGUGGAGGCCGCUCCGCUGGCAUCGCCACUGCAGGCACAGACCCUCCAUUGUCAGCCCUGGGGGGGCUGCGGGGGGCCAGGCCCUGCAUGGGGGAGCAGCUGCACGGCUGGGUUUAGGGGGACACGGGGGGGGUCUCACCUGGGGGGGUAUUGUGGGGUGCUGCCCCCUGACCCCCUGGGAGCAGGGGGGCCAUGAGCUCUCAGGAUGAGCAGUUCCCAGCAGCAGCCCCUGAGCCAGCGGCUCCCUCCACCGAUGAUGGCAUGACCUGGUGGUACAGGUGGCUCUGCAGGAUUGCCGGGGUCCUCGGGGGCCUGUCCUGUGCCUUCGCUGGUCUCUGGAACUGUGUCACCAUCAACCCCCUGAACAUCGCAGCCGGUGUGUGGAUGAUGCUCAACGCCUUUGUCCUGUUCCUGUGCGAAGCCCCUUUCUGCUGCCAGUUCAUCGAGUUCGCGAACGCCGUCUCCACAAGGGCGGACAAGCUGCGGCCCUGGCAGAAAGCUGCUUUCUACUGCGGGAUGGCUGCGUUCCCGGUGAUGCUCAGCCUGACACUGACCACACUCUUUGGAAACGCCAUUGCCUUUGCCACCGGGGUGCUCUAUGGCCUGUCGGCGCUUGGCAAAAAGGGAGAUGCCAUCUCCUAUGCCCGGAUCCACCAGCAGCAGAAGCAAAUGGAUGAAGAGAAGCUCACAGGGGCCCUAGAGGGACAGGCUCUCUGAGGCACACAAACUCAGCGGAACCUCUGCUGGACACUGAGAUGGUGAAGAUACAGAAACCCACCCUGCCCUUCCCUCUGCCUGCUCCUCUCUCUCUUACACCACAAUUUCCCUGGACACUGCAGCAGCUGGAGAUCUCAGGGUCCAGGGCAGGUUGUACCCUCUUCUCACACCAGCAGCCAGACCUCAGUGUGUUGGCCCCUCUCUCCUCCUCAUCCCUCAAACAAAAAUCUCACAGUCCCCCUAUUUUUUAUUUUGCUUUUGCUGCAGAGGUGCUGGCCCUUUGCAAGCCUGAAUAGGUAGCCUUUUUUUGGAGUGAUGCCUGAUAAAGAGCCAUGUGAGAGCUGCCCUGUGGAAGGGGUGAGGAGGGACAAAGGUGACAUGCCAGCCCCUUGUCCAUGCCAGUCCCACGAGAGUCAGUGAGCUGACGGCCUCAUGCCUGAGGGUAACCUGCCAUUGCACGUUACACGUUUUUAGUAACGCUCUCUGGUGUGGUCCUUCACAGGUGUAACACAGUAAACCAGGGUUUAGCAGUACAUGGUGAUGCUUAAGCUUGGUCUUCAUCUGUUGAGUAUAUUUUAAUAUGGGUCUAGUUCAGCCAGGUAUUGGAGGCAUCGCUGCUCAGGGAAGGACUUCCAGCAAAAGAAACAUAGAAAGGCCAUGACCACCUCUGCAGAGGAGCUGCAGGGCAGAUCCUGACACCUACAAAGCACAGUCCCCUCUUCCUCUGGAUACUGCUGCAGGCAGUUACUGCAAUUUACUUGAAUUAUAAGAAUUACUUUGUCUUAAUAAGGGUACUUUUCUUAAGCUUCACUCUUUUUCUGGGGAAGAAGGGAAACAAGCUUUACUUUACCUCAGCUGAAAAAGGGCACUAUUGCUUGAGCCAAGUGGGGUUUUUUGCUGGUGUAAGGGCUACUGAUGUGUAAGAGCAUCCUUCCCUUGUGAGCCCGGGACUCUGCUCUGUUGUCUCUCCUUGCAUCUGCUCCUUCUCCCGUGACCCAUCCCUCCACACAAGGGACCUGCUCUUUGCUUCUGUCUGGUACAGCCUUUGUUUUUGGGCUCGUGUUCUUUUUGCAUAAGUCCUGAGCUAGUUUUAUAUGGGAAGGUGGCAAAUCCUUCAUCUGCAAACACAGAGAAGUCUGCACCACUUUGGUGUGGGUAGCUGGGAUGUGUUGCUUCUUUAUUCCAGGUUCCAUUAGUGGUUUACAUGUGGUAUUUUCUGUUUGCUUUGUAUCAUGCAGAACAAACCCGCUUGUUAAGUCCAGAUCUCCGUCUUCUCAUCAUGGUUUCUUCUGGGGGUCUUAAUUUAUUUGGUUUUUACAUUAUUGCUUUUUGUUUUGAGUAGGAAGAAGGGGAAUAACUUAUUUCUAGUUAUUUAAGUUAUUUAAUUAUUUUAUGGGACUAAUUUUUUCUGGAUACAGGAGAAAGAAGUGCUCUGUUUCCUGUCCUUUAAAGGAUUUCAUUGACGGCAUCUCUGAAUCCAGGGAGAGCCCUGGCUGCUGUAACUGGGAUGCUGUAAAAUCCUCCUUCAGCCUUCAGAACAUUUUUCAGACUUGAAAAGUGUGUUGUCUGUUGAUGCUUUUGUCUUCUUCUGGGCCACUGGCUUGACAAAAUCUGUUUUUCCUCUCUUCUGGGAGAGAGAAGGGAGGAAAACUGGGCUGUAACUGCUGUGUUGGAGGUUUGUUCUCACUCGGCAGAGCUCUCGCUGUCACCAACAUUUCAUGGUCCCAUUUGAAUUGCCGGAGUACCAGGGGGGUUGUGCUGGGUCUGAGAAAUGAUGCUGGAGCCUGGCUGCUAUCUGUCACAGCGGUCUGUCCACCAGCUGCUCUGUGGCUUCUGAGCAACGUCGUGUUGGAAAAUAUCUGUAUAACACCUCCUUUCUCUAGGUACAGUGUGUAUUUGUAUUAGUUGAACAAUGCCAGUGCAUCCCUGGCAGUGCCCGGGAUGGAGCCGCUGCUGGGGGGUGGCUGGGCAUGGGGACAGCCUGUGCAUCACCACAGUCCCUGCAGACCGAGGAGCUAAGCUGUCAGCUCAUGUUAUUAUUAAUAAUUGUUGUUUCUUUGGUGGAGUUCAGGGAGGUGUGAGGAUUUACACCCGGCAGGAACGCGGCUGGGGUUUAUUUGCACACACAGCCCCUUGCAGCUGGACGCUGGGUGGCUGUUUUGUGCUAAGCCCCUUUCCCCCAGGCCUCUGAGCUGUGACUGCUCUGACACCAGCUUGUCUGGGACACAGAACAGGCACCGCCAGCCCAGAUGCAGCUUGUUUCAAUAAAGGCUGUGCUGUUUUGGAGCCCCCAGCUCUGGGCUGAUCCCUGUUGCUGUGUGCAAUACAUGGGGCAUUGGUGUCCCCUGUGCCUGGUCCUGCUGGUAACGGGGUGCUGCAGGAGGAAAAUACCACGAUCCCUAGGAUAAUUCAGUGGUACCAGCUUCUGCCCCACAGCCAGCAGUGCCCCCAUACAGCACAUUUACCAGCUGCUUAAAGUGCAGAGUCCUGCCCAGAAAACAGGAUAUCUGCCCCGAUUUCAGGGUGGGUUUGGGUAGUUAAGUAGUGUUUAGUAGAGGAAUGUUGCAGACUGGUGCACGUAGCUACGAGCAUGUCUUUGGUAGUGGCUGCUUUGCUCUGUGAGUAGUUCCACAGAAGCUGUAGAGACAGGAGGCAAAAGGCAGAGACAAGGUGAUGCAGUGAUGUUUGCAGGCUGAGCUGCACCCAUGGGGAGGAACCAGCAGGACCCUCGCUGGCUUCAUCUGGUGGUCCUGAUGCCUCAGACCAGCAGCGUUCCCCAGGGCUGGCUCAGGCAGAUGCUGCUCCAGGUCACCUCAUGGGCAUGGACGGGUCUGCUCUGCUCCCUUGGCACCACCAGCAGAAGUCGCUUGGUCACCAGCAGUGUUGUCACACUGUGCUUUGUGCCAGUGGGGUCUGGCACUGGGGCUAAAGCAGUCGAACAGUCUGCACCAGUGCUGCCACCAUCAGCAGCUUGGAGCUCAAUGCUUCUGUUGAAAAUGGGUCACAGAGACUCUUCUCAAGAGUUUCUUCUGUAAGAGCUGAGCUGGAGCCUUUGGCCACAAUGCCUAAAGACACGGGGUCUGUUCAGUGUCCCUGUGCCUGUCUCAACAGAGGGCUCUUAGAUCCAUGAUCCAAGAGCACCAGCUCCCACAGAUGCAUAUCUGGAGCGGGAGCUCCUGUGAAUUUGGUCUGUCUGUGAUGCAGCUGAAACCAAGCCAGAUGCUGCCAUUGUUGCAGACAAGGCAAAGUGCAGACACAGAGCCUGCAGCACCCCUGGCUUUCAGGAGCUGCUGUGACAGUUAAUGGAUGGUCUCACCUCCAUGUGGGCAAGAGGCGCUUUUUUUUGGUGGAGAUUGAAAGGACCUUUAGAUUAGUAGCAUCACAGUAGUUAAUAUGCUCAUUCACAGUGCAUGGCGGUUAGUAAUUGUGUUUAGAGGCACCUUCAGGGUGCUUGGAGUUGUGUAAGGAUAAAUGAAAUUAAAAACCCUGCUCUAGAGAUCUUACAGGCUCAACCCAAUCCCCGCUGAUGAUGUCUGGGCCUGAUGGUUCAUCCAUAGGGUCUCUAUGGAAGAGGUUCUGCUUGCCAGGUCUUGGAAAGACCUCUUGGGAGACCAUGGAACAGAUGUUCUGUUACAUGAGAACUCAAGAGCGGGUGAUGGGUUGACUACAGUUGGCACAUGUGGAAAGACACUUGGGCAGGAGCUGAUUUUGUAACACCAGUUGAUUCUCUGUGUGUGCAGUAAAUAAGAAGACCAUUCUACCUCUGGAAAGAGCCACUCUGAUUUCUCUGACCCUAAAUGUUGUAGCAAAAACCCUCAGACUUUCUAUAUUGAAGAAAGGAGGUCACUCAGAAAAUACUUCUCCAAUGAGGUUCUCACAGGACCUGAAGAGUCCAACCUCAUUUCAUAUUCGGGCAUUUCCUCCUUAGGCUGAGCCCUGGGAAGCUCAAUCCAUCUUUGUCAUUUUUUUCCUCAGGAAAAAACAUUCAUUGUCUUCAGGGAAGGGUUUCACUGAAGUGAAGAUAUCAAGACCUGGUCUAUAGCCAUGUGAGAAAGAGAACGCUCUAGCACAGGGCUGCCAGAGAUCCUGAUCUUCAGAAGGUCAGUGGAAACCAGAGGCUCUCGAGACCUCUCGCAAUCAGGCCACGUUUAGACACAGUCAUAUUCCAGCCAGGGCUGAACAUCUUUCUGGAAAUAGGUCUCGGCUGCCAAGGUUAGGUUUAAUACUGUAUUUUCUCUGUGGUUUUGAUUUUGGCCUAUCUCUCUUCCUCUGUCCUAGGCUGCUUUAAAUUAGUCCUCUGAUAAAGCACAUAAUCUCUUAGGUGAUUUCUCUUAUCUCCUCCUGCAGAGGAUCUAAAUAGGAGCUAGCAUCUCUUGAGAUCUGGAUCAAAUAUGCUAUGUUACCCCAUGCUUCCUUGUCCCAGGAGGAUGAAUGUUCCAGGAAUGGGAGGACACAAGCGUCUCCACCAGACCUCGAGGUGCCAAGUGCAUUUCGGGAGGUUGGACAAAUGCUUGGGCAAGUCACCUCCCAGCUCAGCCUUUGUUGUGCUGCCCUUUUGGGAUGAGUUAGGUUGGAUGUGAUACUCAGUAAGGCCAUUCAUUCCUCACAGCCAUAAUCACCUCCUGCAGCUGUGUUUUACCUAGGGUUAGGCUCUAAAAAUAAUUUAGAAAGAGAGUCCUUAAUCUUGCAGGACACACAGCAAAGGGGUAAGAGCAAUUUGCUACCAACUAUGCAGUUGAAAUCUCUAAGUGCUGGAGGUGGAGGCUCCACACACAGCGGUGAUGGAGGCACAACCACUCUCCUCUUUGUGGAGAUGGGAAGGACCUUCCUUGGGAUGGGAAGGACCUGCCCCAGGACAAAGUAUUGUCAGUACGCACCAUGUCUUUCCUGCAGGGAAUCACUUGCACUACAGCUGAAUGUUUGUCUGUUCCUGUUCUUUGUUUUGUCCUGGAUUUUCUUUGUGAACUGUAUUUGGUCUUGUUCAUUAGGCUUCUAGUGUAAUGUGUGUUUUUAAAACAAUAAAAUGUGGCAGCUUUUUAUACAAAAA